CGAACCUCUGGGAUCUCCCCCACACCCCUCGGCGCGGCCAUGGAGUGUCCGCACCUCAGCUCCAGCGUCUGCAUCGCGCCCGACUCGGCCAAGUUCCCCAACGGCUCCCCGUCGUCCUGGUGCUGCAGCGUGUGCCGGUCCAACAAAAGCCCUUGGGUCUGUUUGACUUGUUCAAGUGUCCACUGUGGAAGGUAUGUGAAUGGCCAUGCAAAAAAACAUUAUGAAGAUGCACAAAUACCCUUAAACAAUCAUAAGAAAACAGAAAAGCAAGAAAAAGCUCAGCACACAGUGUGUAUGGAUUGCAGUAGCUACAGUACAUACUGUUAUCGCUGUGAUGAUUUUGUGGUUAAUGACACCAAGCUGGGACUGGUACAGAAAGUCAGAGAACAUCUACAGAACUUGGAAAACUCUGCUUUCACAGCUGACAGACAUAGAAAGAGAAAACUUUUGGAAAAUUCAUCACUAAACAGCAAAUUGUUAAAAGUAAAUGGAAGUACCACUGCCAUUUGUGCCACAGGCCUUCGGAAUUUGGGGAAUACAUGUUUCAUGAAUGCCAUUCUUCAGUCACUCAGUAACAUUGAACAGUUUUGCUGUUAUUUCAAAGAACUGCCUGCUGUGGAGUUAAGAAAUGGAAAAACGGCUGGAAGGAGAACAUACCACACCAGGAGUCAAGGGGAUAAUAAUGUAUCUUUGGUGGAAGAGUUUAGGAAGACGCUCUGUGCUUUAUGGCAAGGUAGCCAGACUGCAUUUAGCCCAGAGUCCUUGUUCUAUGUUAUUUGGAAGAUUAUGCCAAAUUUUAGGGGCUACCAGCAGCAGGAUGCCCAUGAAUUCAUGCGCUACCUUUUGGAUCACCUGCACUUGGAGCUCCAAGGUGGUUUCAAUGGUGUUUCCCGCUCAGCGAUCCUUCAGGAGAACUCAACUCUGUCUGCAAGUAACAAAUGCUGCAUAAAUGGAGCAUCUACAGUUGUCACGACCAUAUUUGGAGGCAUUCUCCAAAAUGAGGUUAACUGCCUCAUAUGCGGGACAGAAUCUAGAAAAUUUGACCCGUUCCUAGACCUUUCAUUAGAUAUUCCAAGUCAAUUCAGAAAUAAGCGUUCUAAGAAUCAAGAAAAUGGACCAGUUUGUUCCUUACGAGACUGUCUUCGCAGUUUUACCGAUUUGGAAGAACUUGAUGAAACAGAGUUAUAUAUGUGCCACAAAUGCAAAAAGAAGCAAAAGUCCACCAAAAAGUUUUGGAUUCAGAAACUACCCAAGGUGCUAUGCUUACAUUUGAAAAGAUUUCAUUGGACAGCAUAUUUAAGAAACAAAGUUGAUACAUAUGUAGAAUUUCCACUGAGAGGCCUAGACAUGAAAUGCUACUUAUUAGAGCCUGAGAACAGUGACCCAGAAAACUGCCUGUAUGACCUUGCAGCUGUUGUGGUGCACCAUGGUUCAGGGGUUGGCUCUGGACAUUAUACAGCAUAUGCCACCCAUGAAGGCCGCUGGUUCCAUUUCAAUGACAGUACUGUAACACAGACUGAUGAAGACACCGUUGUGAAGGCAAAGGCAUACAUCCUUUUUUAUGUGGAGCGCCAGGCCAAAGCCGGAUCAGACAAACUCUAAUACCUCUUCUCAAUCAAUAUUUGUCAACUAUACCGACAAACAUUUCCAAUUUUCCAUAAAUACUUGAUCCAAGAUUUAAUUUCAUUAUGCACUUUUCAAUUUCCUAUUUUGGGUUUAGUUUCAUCAGUGGUAGUGACUUAUUGAACAUGGGCACCGACUAAUUUUUGUUUUUAGUUCUACCAGAAAACCUCAGCAAAUAUUUUGAUUUGCUGCUUUAGCUGUAAUAAUUGUUUUAUAUGUAGUUUCAAGAAUUUCGUUCUAUUGACCCUUUUUAUAUUAAUGUGUUCAGUUCUCACUUGGAGGCACAUUUGCAUCAAUGUUUUGUCACAUGCUGAACUCAAGUGAUCUGGAUCAUGAAGAACAAGCUCCCUGCCUGCUGCCUUUCCCCAGCUGUAAUGGAAAUCAGGUUGAUUCUGAAUCAAAGCUCACGCAUGCAUGGAACUCGGGGCCCACAAGCUUCAGUGAUGCUUAGCAAUUGUUCUUUUCUUAUGGAAGAUAACUGAGAGGACAUCCUUAGGUAGACCGGGCACUUGCCACUCUUGGCGUCUGUCAGAGCUGUUUAUCAGAACUAAAUUUGUUGGCUCAGUUGUAACUGUACUGCAGAUUGAAGAAUUAUUCUAUUGAUUUU